ACGAUAUUCUCCUCCUUCUGUCACUGCAACUCUUUCUCCGCCGAUAUGUUGCUCUCGCUGUUCAUUUGUAAUAGGCUCCUGAUCUGAGUGCUAUCGUUGUUCAUAUCAACCAUAGGCAGACUAAGCAAGGCUCGAUGGAACUUUCGCUGCAAGGGGGUGAAGGCGAAGCAGGUGGUUAUCGGACUGAGGCAUCACCUCCACCGCCGCCGCCGCCGCCACCAAAACGUUCGACGUCAAGGUUUUCUCAAGUACACUCCUACUAAUGAUGUUGGGAGAAUGAAUUAAUGAAGUGAGCAAUGAGUUCUCUAUAGGCUUUGGGGUUGAGCAAUGGGAGGAACUCCUAGAAUAAGCUCCCUUCACCCUUUGUGCAGGAGGUGAUGAUAUUCUGCGGUAACCAAAAUCAAAUGUUAUAACCUCAAGCAUGGCUGAUCAGUUUUUUUAAUGAAGUGUAACACGAAAAGCAGUAAAUUCUCAAAUUUUCAUUUUGUGUUAACGUUUUCAGAUAAGAAUGUUCAUUGUUCAUUUCCCGGAUCUUUUAAUCAGUCUACCUAUUGAACUUUGCAAUUGACAUUGAGGGUUUCACAGAAGAAACACAACCUGAGACUCUGAAAUAGUUAUAUACCAGUUCUAAGCAAAUUUGCCAAUUUCAGAAAUAGUUAUACAUUCUUUUACAACAACUAUGCUGGAAUUUCAUAUUGGUAUUAUGGAUUUAUCUUCAUAGCGGUUGGGUAAUAUGAUUUUAUUUCUCCUGGAUAUGUACACAUUGCAGUGUCACCCAGUAGUUUACAGGUUUACUUGGUGGAGUGUAUUUUUUGCAUUCAUUUUUCACUUUCUAUAUGUCAAGGCCCGCAAGAUAUUUCUCAUUGAGCUAGGAGAGAAACCCACUGAUCCUCUACUCUGACAUAGCGGCUAAGUAAUACGGAGUAUGAUUUUGUUUGUCAUGCAUCUGCAUACAUUGUGCUGUCACUCGAUAGUUUACAUGGUUACUUUGUGUAGUUUUUUUUGCUUUUGUUUUUCACUUUCUAUAUAUCAAGACAAUAUAUUUCUCAUUAAGUAUACUGUCAGCUUUUUAGAAAUAUAACUUCACAAAAUUUAACUUCAUAGUGAUCUUUCUUCAACUCUAAUUGAUAAUAGCAACAAUCUCAUUUGAAGCGGCAGAAAUAUCCACAAAAUGUCUCUGGUGACAGAUGAGAUGAGGCACAGCGCAACAGAGUUAUAUGCGAGAAACGAACUUUGCCAGGAGAAAUGGGGCUGCCCGCAGGGAUGCUGCCCAUGAAGGACAUGGAGGAGUGUGGCUAUGUCAAGGACAUCGACUUCAUGUGGCUCAAGUCCAAGAAGAAGACCAAAGUUCGAGCAAAUCGGGAAAGCUGGUGCAGUUGGGUGCGAGGUGAUAGCCAAUGUGGAGCAGAACAAGAUCAAGAAGCUCACAGGGUUCAAGGACAAGGAGCUGCUGCUGUGGGACACCAUCAGCGAGAUCUCUGUGGAUGACCCACCCACCGAGAAGAUCUACUUCUACAGUUCUCUCGGCAUAGGCAAGACCUUUCUGGUUUCGGCUUUCGAGAUCCUGAAGGAGGAGCUGAAGAAGCUAGGGGAAGUCAAAGAGGUGUAAUACUGUAAUGAUGAAGGGUAGUUACUUUCAUCUUUUGUGUCCUUAGUUGAAGGGUAGUCCGAUGUCACUAUCCCAGACAACGGGAAAAUGCAUAAUCAAGCUCAGAUCUGUACGCACGUCUUAGCUACGUACUCCUUGUUCUGUUUAUCAAGUCAUAAUAAUGUCAUAAGGUCUCUGCCGUUUCUGUCAUCCUAAAAUAUAUUCUUAUCAAUAGCAACUUGCAAAAUAUUCCCCC